UCUUGUUGCGCCGAGGAGGAGAAGAGCAGCAGAUAUGGCUGACUACAGCAGCGUGGCUCCCCCGUCCUCUAACGCCGGUGGCGGUAUGAACGAUGCUUUUAAAGACGCUCUACAGCGAGCCCGACAGAUUGCAGCAAAAAUCGGCGGUGAUGGCGUUGCGGCACCCCCAACUAACGAAUUUGGUUACGGAGGCCAGAAAAGGCCCCUGGAGGACGCUGGUGGGUAUUUUCCCAUGCCUAACCUGAAUAUCGACCAACCAGAGACAAAGAAAGUGGCUACGAAUGACGCCUUUUCAGCAAUGGGAGGCAUGGGUGGCCCUCCAAGGUCAAUAUCAGAGGAAUUCAAGGUUCCAGAUGGAAUGGUUGGAUUCAUAAUUGGAAGAGGAGGUGAACAAAUAUCACGGCUACAACAGGAAUCUGGAUGCAAGAUACAGAUCGCACCUGACAGUGGAGGGAUGCCGGAUAGGUCAGUGACAUUAACAGGACCACCCGAUUCCAUCCAGACUGCAAAGAGGCUACUAACAGAGAUAGUUGAGAAGGGGCGCCCGGCUCCAGCAUUCAACCACAACGACGGCCCAGGAAUGACUGUCCAGGAGAUUAUGGUCCCUGCCUCUAAAGCCGGACUUGUCAUUGGGAAGGGAGGAGAAACCAUCAAAAGCCUUCAGGAAAGAGCUGGAGUGAAGAUGGUCAUGAUCCAAGACGGACCCCAAAACACAGGUGCAGACAAGCCACUCCGCAUUUCAGGAGAGCCCUUCAAAGUUCAGCAAGCCAAAGAGAUGGUGAUGGAGCUAAUCAGAGACCAAGGCUUCAGGGAGCAGCGGGGCGAGUAUGGUUCACGAGUCGGAGGAGGAGGAGAUAGCUUGGAUGUUCCUGUCCCCCGGUUUGCAGUGGGCAUUGUAAUUGGCAGAAACGGAGAGAUGAUCAAGAAAAUACAGAAUGACACAGGCGUCAGGAUUCAGUUUAAACCAGAUGAUGGCAGCACACCAGACAGGAUAGCACAGAUCAUGGGCCCCCCUGACCAGGCUCAGCACGCGGCAGAAAUUAUAUCCGAUCUGUUGAGGAGCGUCCAGGCUGGCGGGCCUCCGGGGCACGGCGGCGGCAGAGGCCGUGGUCGCGGGCAGGGGAAUUGGAACAUGGGCCCCCCUGGUGGCCUGCAGGAGUUUACCUUCACUGUCCCAACCAUGAAGACCGGCCUCAUCAUUGGAAAAGGUGGUGAGACAAUCAAAGGCAUCAGCCAGCAGUCUGGAGCCAGGAUCGAGCUACAGAGGAAUCCUCCACCCAACGCUGAUCCCAACAUCAAGAUGUUCACAGUUCGUGGCUCCCCUCAGCAGAUCGACUACGCCAGGCAGCUGGUGGAGGAGAAGAUCGGGGGACCAGUCACUCCAAUGGGCGGCCCACACGGCCCCCCUGGUCCACACGGAGGUCCGGGCCCACAUGGACCUCCCGGUCCACCCGGACCCCCUGGGGCUCCCAUGGGUCCAUACAACCCUGGACCAUACAACCAGGGACCUCCAGGACCACAUGGUCCACCCGCGCCUUACCAGCCUCAGGGAUGGGGCAAUGGCUACCCACACUGGCAACAGGGACAGCCUGACCCAAAUAAAGCAGCAGCCGAUGCCAACGCAGCGGCGUGGGCAGCCUACUAUGCCCAGUACAGCCAGCAGCCACAGGCUCCCAUGACCCCGACAAGCGGAGCUCCUGGCACGACUCAAACCAACGGCCAAGGUGACCCACAGGCUGCAGGUCAGAGUGGACAGGCAGAUUACUCCAAGGCCUGGGAGGAAUAUUACAAGAAAAUGGGUCAACAGAGUCAACAACCUCAGGACUACACGAAAGCCUGGGAGGAGUAUUACAAGAAACAAGGUCAAGCGGCCCCUCAGGCCACAGCAGCAGCCGCGGCCUCCCAGCCCGGAGGCCAGCCAGACUACAGCGCCGCCUGGGCGGAGUACUACCGCCAGCAGGCUGCUUACUACGGCACAGCCAACCCCCAGACGAUGGGCGCAGCGCCACAAGCCCCUCAGGUACGCCCCCGAUAAGAAUCUGCCCUCCACACCCACUGAAUUCUCAAUUCUUGUGUGCUCUAACCCCCUUCAGUCCUCAGGUUUUCACAGGGUUCCAGUGAGUGCAGCAGCUUCACAAACUUAACCAAAACAACUUGCUCCCCAUACAGGUUUUGAACUUUAAUUUUGGGAAGCUGAGUCCACUGUUUCUGCUGUUAACAUGCAAUGUAUCUUCUAUGUAUUUUUUUUGCACAGGGCCAGUAAUGUGAAGUGGACAUAAAGUAAAUGCUACAUUGUCGAAACAAAAUCCUUUGUUAAAUGUUUGGAUGCAGACGCCUUGGUGAAGAUCUUAAAUUUCCUUGGUUUCAAAGUGUUUCACACAGAUGGCAGAUUACCCGGCGAACACGUCCUCUUUCAUUUUUGUUUUUCUUUUUCUUGUAAAUGCUUUAUUUUUAGUGAGGUAAUUAUACAUAUGGUCAUUCCAGCCCUGUAUCUACAUUAAAUGUGGUUAGAACUCAUGUUUAUUAAACUGUAGACAUUACCAUGUAAAUCAUCUCAGUUUUAAAAUGCUAUUGCCUGUUGUGUUUUUGCAAUAAAACAAACUGAAACCUCCUGUGUUGGUAAGUUGGGGUGGUUUUAAACCAAAAGGGUUGAGAUGAAUUUCUGUAUCUUUUUGUUUUAUGAGGGGAAAAAAGUUUGAAAUGCAAGGCCAUGUGUGGGUUUAAUUGUCCAAAAAGGUUGACUCAAAGUUGUGCUGUCCUGUCUCUCUCCAACUGUCUAUAAGGCUCUUAGAUACAUUAUGUGCGUGCAGCGAUCCCGAGUGGUUCAGACCAACAAACGUCCUUGUUGAUAGACAUUUUUUUUUACACUUCUGUUUCCUGACAUUGCUCUGACUUUAGCCGUAGACAGAUGUUUGUCCUAAGAAAGUCGACAGGUAUCUUGUGUGCCGUAACUCAUGCAUUAACUGCGUUGCCGUAGCGCUCUUUUGUUUUUUAAAUUUUGCCUGGUUUGCUGACAUUGUUGAGGUAGUAUGCACUGUAUUUUCCCUUGAUAGACACUUCCUCCUCCACAGGCAAGUUUAGAAAGGCGGUAAGCAAGUAUUCUUCUUAACAUGUUCCCCAGAAAACGUGGUUGCAAGAAAUGUUGCAUAUUUUUAGUGUUAUAUAUAUAUAUUUUUUUGUGCUGUUCUUUUUCCAGGACAGUCAGGUAAAUUGCCACUGUAUCCAAAAAUGCAUUGAAACGUUUGUCUUGCCCAUUUGAAAUUGCGAACUGACUCAAAUGUAUAAAUUUGUUUUUUUUAAAUGUUUUUUUAAUAUAAAAACAUUGCAAAAAUCCUUUUUGCUGUGCCCAUUCUGUUAGUGUUUAUCCAAGAUAAGAACAUAGAUGUUGUAGGGUCGGGGGUGGCUAAGCAGUCUUCGUCCAUCAGUUGCGCCCUCCUAUACUGUAAGUACAAAACUGUGACUGACUUUGAGAGAUACCCGCCUUUUUUGAUGCUUUUAUGAACUGCAAAAGAUGUAGUAUUUUUGUCAAAUAUUGCAAUUUUCCCCAUGUCCCUGGGUAAGUAUGAAAUGUUCUGAGGAGAGGAGUAGUCCUGUAGUCACAUGUUUGAGACUCAUUUCCCCUUGUGUGACUGAACAUUCACACUUUGAAUCUUCACAGUAUGUCGACUUUGUAGAUUGUGUAGGUAGCAUUUCAGUGCCAGUUGGAUUUCUGAACCGAGGCUUUGAAUGUCAGCACUCUGUUACACUGUUGGCAGGAACUGUUUGUCCAUGUGGUUUUUUGCGUUUUGAAUUCCUGACCUGCUAAGUGCCAUUGUCUAGUUGAGACUGUCAUGUUUUCAAAUGCCAUUUAUUGCAACAUAUUGCUUAGAAAAAAAAGUCCUACUGCAUAACUCCAGUGUAGCAUGCUUAGGUUUCUGCUAUUACUUUAAUGUCCUAUAUGAGCAUGUGGAAUGCUAGUAGUGGAAGUGCUUCUGACUAGUUCAGUAUUGACAUUUUCUGAAUGAGCACUCUUGUUGAAAGGCUGUUAAUUUUAAGACAUAUUUAUAUAAAAAAAAAUAUUUGCAUUGUUCACUGAUGGCAAACAGUGCAAUAUAUCUGAUCUUUGCAGUGUCAUCCCAGACCUUGCACCUUAGGUUCUGCUGCAAUAACACAGGUAAGCGAAACCUAAGGAAAACCAGUGUUUUUGUCCAGUGACAUGACCAAUAUCCAUGCAAAGAAAUGCUUACCUGUGUCUUUAACUUGCCUCAAUGCAUUCAUGCCUAGUCGUAAAGAAAUGUCCAGGAUCUCAAAAACAAUGAACAGGCCUUUGAGAUGAUCUGUCUUGAAUGAACUGCAUGACAUGAGCUGUAUGAUCUGUUACAUGAAGUUUGACUUAAUUCAGAACCAGUUGUUGCAUAGGCUCACAGAGGAAUUGUCAUUGUCGUAUGUGAUUAAUAUUUGAUACUAGUCUUUGCACCCCGGUAAGUCUGAGUGAUCGUAUAGCGAUGCUUUAGUCUACUUUGGUACAUUAAUCUGCAUGCCAUGCAAACCUGUUGACAGAAGUUAGCAAUGUGCUCAACUGCUAGGUCAAAAACGGUGAAAUACAUGAUUAUUUCUUUUUAUUUUAAAAUUUCUCUGUCGUGGUGUGAAUCUGCCCUGAAGUGCAGUGCAAAUCUGCUAUUGAAAUGCUGCUGCCUUCACUUCUCGCUCACAGUGUUGGAGGAUGCUGCAAGCUUAGGUCAUAGAAUCAGGCCCUGUCGUAGUUUGUCCCCAAAAGGAGGAAUCCUUUGAGUCAAUCCCACUGCUGAACGUAGACCGUUCAAGAGCUCCAGUAAUAAGGUAAAACAGCAACGCAAUGAAAUUCAAUUUCUGUGAUUGCAAAGUGUUGGUCAGAUACAUGUUUUUCAGCUCGGACUGCUUGUUACUGUAAACCAUGAUGCCAUAGUGUAUUUAGAGUUGUCUGAUGGUUGUUUAUCGCUUCAAUGCCUUCAUCAAUAACCUGCAGUCAGUAGGAAUGUGCUUUAGAAAGUUGGACGAGGACAGGAACUAACGUACUUUCGAUGACAUGUGCACUUCUAUUGGCAGUAAAUUUGGGGUUUUCAGUUUAAAUCACGUUUCUGUGCAGUUAAAGGGUUGAGUUUGACUGUUCACUCUGUACGUGUGAGAUGCUCAGUGUUUCAACACAGAGUUCGUGGGGGUGUAGAAGACAAAACAAGGAGCAUGCCUUAGAGGUAAAAGGUUUCAUGUACUGUGUGUAUUAUCAAAUCUAUUGGACUUUGUUUUUUGAAUCAACUGUACUGACUUUUGAAAUGUUGCCAUGUUCAUUAAUAAAGUUGUAACAAACUGGA